CUGCGUUGAACAUUGCGGUAGUAUUUUACGUAGCAACGCACAAUCGAACGGUGAACUACCAUUGUAAUCUUGCUUGCUAGUACCCGGUUAAAUUAGUGUCUGGAAGACGCAUUUUGUUUUGAAGAGUGCCGCGAUCUGGAAGGCACAGUUUGCACCUGUGAUGAUGAAUUCCUCGUUGAAGCAAGCAGUCAGUCUUACGUGUUCGCAGGUCAGGCGAGUUUCAACGACAUCUCCAUGCCUCGGGAAGCGAAACUUUCGCAAGUUCCCCGUGCAUAACAUUCGAGGGACAUUUCACGAUCGCAAGCGCAAGGAUCGUGUAAUUGAGACGUACGGUGUACGUGAGCCAUCUAUGUCGUACCGUGGACCUCCGAUACCCGAGAUGAUUCCCGAGCUAGUCGUGCCCGAUCUCACCGACUGCAAGUUGAGGCCAUACGUCUCGUACCGUGCACCCGAGGUGACCCAAGGGCCGUUCACAGCGCGAGACCUGUUUGAUGCUGUCUAUUCCGAAGCAAUCGCUAAGGACUUCCAGGAAGGACAAGCAGAUAAAAGCAUCAGGCACUUGGAUGCACAGCCAAGUGCCGAUGAGGCACGCCUGCGGGCACGCCAGACCGGUAGCGACAUCUUCCAACCAUUGUGGCAAGUUCGCUAUCACGAAGAACGAGAAUAGGCACAAUAUGUUUGUGGAUGUAGAUUUGAUAAUAAACAUUAUAUUCCCAAGUUGACAAUGCUGGUGUCUUGACCUCAGAAACACUGAAGCCAUUAAAGCAUUGGUUCUCAGC